UCUAAUAGAGUUUGUUGUGGUUAAUGUACACGACCUCUCACCUGCGCUGCCUGAAACUCGAGAGAAUUUCGAACAAUUGCUGUUGACACAUUAUUCAAAACAAGCGAAGAUCAUCCAUCCAUUUUCUUCCGCUUAUCCGGGGCUGGGUCUCCGGGGCAGCAGUUUAAGCUGGGAAUUCCAGAGUUCCUUCACCCCGGACACUUCCUCCAGCUCCUCCAGGGGAACCCCAAGGCUUUCCCAGGCCAGCCGAGAGACAUAGUCCCUCCAGCGUGUCCUGGGUCUUCCUCUGGGCCUCCUUCCAGUGGAACACCUCCCAAGGGAGGCGCCCAGGAGUCAUCUGGAACAAAUGCCCAAGUCAUCUCAGCUAACUCCUCUCGACAUGGAGGAGCAGCGGCUCUACUCUGAGCUCCUCUCGUGUGACUGAACUCCUCACCCUAUCUCGAAGCGCCCAGCCACUCUGCGGAGGAAACUCAUUUCAAUUGCUUGUAUCUGCGAUCUUGUUCUUUUGGUCAUUACCCAAAGCUCAUGGCCAUAGUGCUGGGCUGUGGAGGCAGAUGACUAAGCAAAGAUGCACCUACUUCCACCAACUGAGAAUUGGUUUUAUGAACACGAUUCUUGUCCUUGCUCUGCAAAUCCAAGUGGGUUCUGUCUGAAGUUCAGGUGGAAGAAACCUACAUACAGCUGCAGACAUGGAUGAGAUGGACCUGCCCCAGAUGAAGAAGGAGGUGGAGAGCCUCAAGUACCAACUGGCCUUCAAGAGGGAGAAAUCAUCCAAAACAGUCACUGACCUGGUGAAGUGGAUUGAGGAGGGCGUCCCCGAUGAUCCAUUCCUCAACCAGGAGCUCAUGAAGAACAACCCCUGGGUGGAGAAGGGGAAAUGCAUCAUCCUCUAGGAACAUCCCCACCCCCCACCACCCACGGUGACCUUUCAACUCUAACCUCGCUGCCCUCACACACCUGCAGAUGACCCUUGACCCUGCAGGACAUUACCUACAUAACGUCUCACCUUGAAUGUACAACAGCUGAUAGUCCUUUCCCUUGAAACACUUGUACACUCCAUGAUAUGUAAACAUGCACUACUCUGCUGCCACGGCACACACCCUUACCCUUUUACCAUGUAUGGAGAUAUUUAUGCACACUCUGGACAAGUUUAAUUCUGUUUAAUUACAAAUACAUUACUUUGUUUUGAUACUUGAAGCUUGUUAGGGUCAAUUUGGUCAACAGACCUGGUACUAUUAAGGUUUUAUGACCAUUAGUGCAUUUACAUAGAUUUGAGUGUCCUAGUUUAAAAAUUAAUCAGUAACACUUUAUAAUAAGUAUACCUAAUAAAGCCUGAAGAAAGACUUAUUGCUUAUUAAGAAUGAUUCAGGCUUGUUAACUACUUUAUUAAUGUGGCAACUACUAGUAUAUCUUUUAACUUUAACCUUUAACUCUUAUAAAUCAGAAAUUAAGUCUGAAGCAUUAUUAAUAAACUAGGCCUGUUUAUGUGUUAAUUAUGAAUUUAAUCUUUCUUCAUGGUUUAUUAAGGCUGUUAUUAUAAAGUGCAACCAAUGAAUUCUUUGGUUAGGCGGUGCAGUAGCAAAAUAAAAGCUAAAGAGAAAAUAUAUAUAAAACUAGCAGCGGGUCUGACACAACAACUCAGAGAACUUUAUCAGCUUUUAACAUUCCAAAGUGGUUAGCAAAACUCUCCUUUACACAAUACGAGCAUCAAUAGUUUCUUGAAGUCGGAAAAAAAUGCUUCCUUAACUUUCGUACAAAUCUAAAAGGAUAUAUGACGUACCGGUAACAAUUUGGAUCCUCAAAAUGCAAAAGCGCGCCGCUGAAUCAGUGCAUUGUAACUGCCUCAAGAUACAUUGUAUGCCUUAUGUGUCAUGA